UGCAUUUAUUAUUUAUGAUAAAAGAGUGAACAUGACAGUUCAAUUCAGUUCAGUGGUCAGUCUGAGUGUGAGAUUGUUGUGAUUGUGAUCAAUGGAUGAAAUCCAACACAAGUUCGUGAAUGUCGAAGCUCUGAAACUUCACAUAGCAGAAAUUGGAACUGGUCCAAACGUCGUCGUAUUCCUUCACGGCUUCCCGGAAAUAUGGUACUCCUGGCGCCACCAGAUGGUUGCUGUCGCCGGUGCCGGUUUCAGAGCUAUAGCUCCUGAUUACAGAGGCUACGGACUAUCCGAUUCGCCACCCGAACCCGAAAAGACUACCUUCACUGAUCUUCUCGACGACCUCCUUGCAAUUCUUGAUGCUCUUGCUCUUUCUAAGGUGUUUCUUGUUGGAAAAGAUUUUGGAGUACGUCCUGCAUAUUUAUUUUCCAUUCUGCACCCGGAAAGGGUCUCGGGAGUUAUCACUUUGGGAAUUCCUUAUGUUCCACCAGGCCCCUCUAUGUUUCACAAAUUCCUCCCUGAAGGCUUCUACAUUUUGAGAUGGCGGAAACCAGGAAGGGCAGAGGCUGAUUUUGGACGCUUUGAUGCAAAAACUGUUGUGCGAAAUGUUUACAUCCUUUUCUCAAAGAGUGAGAUACCAAUAGCUAAUGAAAACCAGGAGAUCAUGGAUUUGGUGGCGCCUGAUACCCCUCUUCCCUCUUGGUUCAGUGAGGAUGAUCUUGCAACAUAUGGAGCUUUGUAUGAAAAAUCGGGAUUCCAAACUGCAUUGCAGGUUCCAUACAGGUCAUUUAGUGAACACUUUAACUUACCGGAUCCUAUAGUCAAAGUUCCAGCACUACUGAUAAUGGGUGGCAAGGAUUAUGUUUACAAGUUUCCAGGCAUUGAGGAUUUAACAAAGGGUGAAAAGGCCAAAGAGUUUGUUCCCAAUCUGGAGGUUACAUUUAUCCCAGAAGGAACCCAUUUUGUUCAAGAACAAUUUCCCGAACAGGUGAAUCAGCUUAUCCUUGCCUUCCUUGCCAAGCACACUUGAUUUUUGGUGGAAGUUUAGUUGUAUUUCUUGCAAAGUGUACUCCUGAAAUAAGGGAUCGCGAAUCGUGUAUUUUUCUAUUUGAUUUUGCUUAUUUAAUGGUGUUUAAUAGACUUUUACAGUGUUGUGAAAAUAAAAUACCAGUGAAACAAUCUCCUUUGUUAAUAGACUUGUUAUGACUUGGUGACCA